AGACAGCAGUGGUUGGAGGGGCACUUGUGGUGGAAGGGGGUUCCCAGCUGUUUCUUCUGUUGUGCAUUAGGUUCUGCAGACCACCCAGAGUGGACCUUGUCCCUGGGCUCUUGACUCCUGUCCAACUGUUAACUUGACAUGGAAUAGAUGCCAAUGGGCAUCUUGAACUUAACGCAAUCCAGACAGGACUCUUGAUUUCCGCUCUCCAGACUUCUUUUCCCUCACUGCGUAUCAACCACCCAGUUGUUUCAUCAAAUUCCCAGCAGUCAUUCCUGAUUUGUCUCUUUGAUUUGUUUAUAUCACUCAUGGAUAUUUAUCUUACUCUUUAAAAGGACAUGUGAGUCUUUUUUUUGUCUUAUAACCCAGUUUUAGAGAAUUUUUCUAAUAAUAGUAAAGGUGUUCUGACAUAGGGCAGUCAAAAAGGAUGAUAGGUGUCUACCACAGUGGGUGUUUUCAGAUAGAUCACAUUAAUAAAUUGGACUUCCUCAAAGUUAAAAAUGUUUGGUCUUCUAAAGACACUGUUUAGAGGAUGAAAAGACAAGCGUAGACUGGGAGAAAUAUAUUUGCAAAUCACAAUAUGACAAAAUAUAUAAAGAACACUAAAGCUCAAUUUUAUUAGGAUUAGGCAAUUGUUUCUUUAAAAUGACACCAAAAGCACAAGCAACAUAAGAAAAAAUAGAUAAAUUACACUUCAUUGAAAUUAAAAACUUUUGUGGGUAAAAGGACACUAUCAAGAAAUUGCAAAGACAACCACAGAAUGGGAGAAAAUAUUUGGAAAUUAUAUGUAAAACAGGGGGCUGAUAUCCAGGAUAUAUAUUUUUAAAAACUUUUAAAACUCAACAAUUAAAAGACCAAAAAAAUUUUUUUUAAUGACCAAAAGAUUUGAAUAGACAUUUCUCCAAAGAUAUACAAAUGGCCAAAAAGUACAUGAAAAGUGCUCAAUAUUGUUAUGAGUCAGGCAUUAGGGAAAUGCAAAUAGAACCCACAAUGAGCUACGUCACACCAACUAAGAUGGCUAUCAUUAAAAAAACAAACAGUAAAAUAAUAGUGUUGGUAAAGAUUGUAAAAAGUUGGAAUCUUCAUAUAUUACUGAUGGGAAUGCAACAUGGCGCAGCUUCUGUGUUAAAUGGUUUGGCAGUGCCUCAAAGUGUUAAACAUAGAGUGACCAUGUGACCCAGCAAUUUCAUUCCUAGGUAUCUACUCAAGAGAAAUGAAAACAUAUGUUGACACAAAGAUAUGUACAGGAAUGUUGAAGGCAGCGUUAUUCAUAAGAGCCAAAAAGUGAAAAAGGCCAAAUGUCCCCUAGCAGGGGAAUGGAUAACAAAAUGUGGUCUAUCCAUACUAUGCAAUAUUACUCAGCCAUAGAAAGGAAUGAGGUGGGGCGCCUGGGUGGUUCACUCGUUAAGCGUCUGAGGGUCCUGGGAUCGAGCCCCGCAUCGGGUUCCCUGCUCUGCGGGAAGCCUGCUUCUCCCUCUCCCACUCCCCCUGCUUGUGUUGCCUCUCUCACUGUGUCUCUCUCUGUCAAAUAAAUAAAUAAAAUCUUUAAUAAAAAAGAGAAAGGAAUGAGGUACUGAUACAUGCUACAACAUGGAUGAAACUUGAAAACAUUAUGCUAAGUGAAAAAAGCCAGACACAAAAGAACAAAUAUUGUAUGAUUCCAUUUAAUAUGAAAUACUUAGAAGAAGCAAAUCCAUAGGGACAGAAAAUCUAUUAGCGGUUGCUAGGGGAUGGGUUGAUGGGGGGAUGGGGAUUGACUGCCUAGUGUGUAUGGGGUUUCCUUUGGGGUGAGGAAAAAGUUGAAAAUCAGAUAACAGUGAUAGUUGCACUAUGAAUAUAGUUGCAUUGUGAAUAUACUAAAAAUCACAAAAUUGCACAUUUUAAACGGGUGAAUUUGGGGGUUUGUAAAUUGUAUCUCAAUAAAGAUGUUGCGUUUCCAAAUUAUAGGAACCAGAAUCACUUGAUCCCACUUAUUUCUCAAACCUGUGCCCAGGAGCCCUUACUGUUUAGCCAGCAGUAGACUAGAUGCUAGAUGCCCUGAGAAUGGAGAGAUGAAUGAGAUUGCUUCAGUCUAAAUGGGAUCUCGGUGCUAACAUGGUUCUAUUUGCAGACGGUGUUAAAGCCCGUGACUCAGGGGUUAAAGAGAUCCACAUUGGAAUCCACUGGUUAGAAUCUUGAGAUUGUUUGACCUUGGGCUCAUUUCCCCUUUCUAGAUCUAUCCAAAGGGCAUGAUAAUUGGCACUUUUUUCAUAUGGGAAGCGCUCGGCACCUACUAGGAGCUACAGCCGUUACAGCUCCCCCCGUCCCCUUCCCGGCUUGCGGUGGGAAGUGUACUAUUAUCCCGUUUUACAGCUGCGAGCACAGAUGGGUCAGAAGAGAAAACCCAGGUCGUCCCCGCCUGAGGCAAGGUGUCGGAUUCCCGGUCGGGAAAAGUCCGCACACACCUGUUAGUCGUGGGUUUCGGGAGCGCCUGCGUGCCGCGCGCCCCCGCCGGGACGAGCACGCGCCCGGCCCUGGCGCGCACGCGCGUGUGUCCCGGCGGUUGCCUAGCGACCGGCUAGGCAGGGGUCGCGCGGCCAUGGAGAAGCCGGGCGUGACCCUGAGCGCCGCGGUCCGGGAGCACCUGAGACGCUUGUGUCUGCGCGAGUUCCCGUGCGGCACCGGCAGCUGGAAUAAGUCACGCUUUCUUCCUCGAACUUGGCGAACAUGGAAGGAGCUGGUCCCCAGAGAGGAGGAGGCCGUGAACCCUGGGGAGGAGACCGUGGAGGCACUGCUGGGCCUGGUCCGCAGCCCCCACUCACCCUGGGCUCUGCUGGAGGGCUCCAGUGCAGAGGACCAUUUUCUGAGAGAACUGGCCAUCCAGAAUCCCCUGGUGCUCAAAGACACCUUCUUCUACUCCUACUUCAGGUCCCUACGGGUGGUGGACAAGCAGGUGAGCCUGGUGGAUAAAGGUCUCCUGAAAUUUCAGAAACUUGAAGAGUUGGUACUGAGUGCCAAUCAAAUCAAGGAGAUCGACGCCGUCAACCUGCCCCCAACCCUCAAGGUGCUGGAGCUCUACGGCAACAAGAUCAGCAGUCUGAAGUGUCUGUGCACUAGCCCGCCCCCUUUUCUCCAGCACUUGGGGUUGGGUCAGAACAAGCUUCUGGGCCCCUUGGAAAGUCUGUAUGUCACCGCGGAUCACUGGCCCAACCUCAUCUCUCUGGACCUGAGCUUCAACGACCUGACGGACCUGCAGGGCAUGAUCGCCAGCCUCAGCACCCUCCCACACCUGCGGCUGCUCGGGCUGCAGGGGAACCCCCUGGCCCUGGUGCCCUACUACCGAGGCUUCACCAUCGACAGCCUGUCCGGGCUCUGCGUGCUGGACGACAUCACCGUGUCUCCCAGUGAGAAGCAUCAGUUCCGGGGGCUCAGCCACAGUGGGGACCUCUUGGCCCAUGAGGCCCAGCUCGUGGUGACUAUUGGAAAUGUCAAGGGCGUUCUGGACACCUCCAUCCUGGACCCGGAGCCGGGGCCUCAAGGCCCUUUUAUUACUUACAGCUACUACGUGACCUACGAUUUUGUGGAAGACGAAGACGGAGAAGGAAGUGAUUACGGUGGCGUGCUGGCUGAGAUCGUCAGGCCGUCGCCCAGCAUGGAAGAGCUGGGCGAGGACAUUCCCGAAGAGGUCUUCGAGGAGGCUGAAGACUCGCUGGAGUCCGGGCUGUCCACCCAGUCGGGAGAGCUGGAGGGUUCGGUGGCCUCGGGCGGGUCGGGGCCCUUGCCCAGGGUGACCGACUCCGCCGAGGAGCUGGCCAAGUUGCGGCCGCGAAUGGACCCCCGGCUCUGCCCCUCCCCAGGGACGGUUCUCUUCAGCACCAUCCGCAAGCCCUGGACUGAUGUCAUCGCCUGCAACUACGAGAUGCACCACACGCUCAGGGACCUGCUGCCCCUCAAGGCCUUCCUGCUGGCGGGGACCACCGUGACCAUCGUGGAAGAGAAGAUUCUCUCCUGGCCUCUGGUGCCUCCGCCUGUCGAGACUGUGUUGCCUGCCAAGAAAGGAAAAGGGGAGAAGGACAAGAAGGGGAAGAAGGACAAAGACAAGAAGGACAAGGCCGGGAAAGGGGAGAAAGAGACGGCGCCGAAGGAGCAGAAGGCGUCCAAGAAGAAGGAGCUUCCCAAGGAGCUCCGCCAGGACCCGCCCAUCCUGCGGGUGCUGGGCAGCGGCUUCGUGGCCCUGGAGCCCCUGCUGGUGGGGGAGCCACUGGUGUCCGAAGUGUGCAACUUCGGGGUGAUCCGCACCCUGGAAACUGACAGGCUGACCUUUCUCAGGGAUGCAAAGAAGAACAAGAACAAGAAAGCUAAAAAGGCUCCGGAGGCUGGGAAGUCCAAGACCAAGGUGGCAGCGUCGUUAGAAAAAAAAUCUGCGGCUCCGAAGUACGACAGCGACUACCAGCCCCAGCCGCUGACGGUGGAGGUGCAGAUCCAGCUGAGCCAGUACCGCUCGGCCGAGGAGGCGCUCCGGGAGAUCGCCCUGUAGGCGCCGGAUUAAAGGCUCUUCGGACCACCGCGAA